AUGGCUGUAGUAAACAGCAUAAGGCUCCUAGGAGAGCAAUUCAGUGAAGCUAGAAUAGUGGAGAAAGUUAUAUCCACUUUACCUGAGAGGUAUGAAGCCAAAAUUUCAUCCCUCGAAGAUUCAAGGGACUUGACAACUAUCUCCUUAACUGAGCUAAUCAAUGCAUUGUAUGCACAAGAGCAAAGAAGGGCCAGCAAACAAGAGGAGCACCAGGAAGGGGCUUUUCUAGCCAAAACCAGAGAAGCCUCAAGCAUCAAUGCUCAUAAAGAAGAUAGAUGCUGGUUCAGACCAGAUGCAGUAUGCCAACACUGCAAGAAGAAGGGCCAUGUUGAAAAGGUUUGCAAAAGCAAAGGCAAACCGAGACAGAACAAAUUCCAGCAGCCAAAGGCUGAAGCUCAAGUGGCUGAGGAAAGCAGUGAUCAAGAAGAACAUGUUUUUGUUGUGUCAUGUGCAGCAAACCAAAAGAAGGCUUCAAAGGGUUGGCUUCUAGACAGUGGUUGCACAAACCACAUGUCACCAGAUGCAACUAUCUUCAAGACCUUGGACAGAACCUGCAAAACCAAGGUGAAAAUUGGAAAUGGUCAGUUUAUAAAUGCUGAAGAAAUAGGAGAUGUGCUGAUUUGUACCUCUGCAGGUGGCAAAAUCAUUUCAAAUGUACUUCUGAUGGUAAAUGAAGGGCUGGCUGAAAACUUCAUCAAUUCAGUGAAGAAUGAUGAACUUUGUGAGGUAUGUCAACAAGGGAAACAGGCAAGACUACCAUUUCCAGCAAGCACAGCAUGGAGAGCCUCAGAGAAGCUGCAAAAAUCAGAAGUUGCACCUGUGUUCUUGAAGUUUAAAGCUGCUGUUGAAACUGAAUCUGGCUGCAAGCUUAAAGCACUAAGAUCAGACAAUGGAACUGAGUAUACCUCAGCUCAAUUCCAAGCCUACUGUGAAGAUACAGACAUCAAACAUCAACUGACCAAUGUGUAUACACCUCAACAGAAUGGGGUUCCAGCUGUGAAGAGAGGCAAGUUAGAUAAAAGGGCUCAAGCAGGGAUUCUAAUUGGCUAUAGCACAGUUGAAAAGGGCUAUAGAAUCCUCAAACCAUCCACAAAAGAGAUCCUUGUAAGUAGAGAUGUUGUGUUCAAUGAAAAAGGUUGCUGGAACUGGGAGAAAGAUGAACUAGAGGCAGUAAUUGAAGACCUUGCAUUGGAUCAAGUUCAAAGUGAUCAAAACACAUCUGAAUUGGAUGUAGAUGAUAAACCAGUCAGAGGAACUCGAUCACUGAUUGAUGUUUAUGAAAGAGCACAAAUGGCCAUUACUAAACCAAGUUGUUUUGAAGAAGCAGAAAGUUAUCAAGGCUGGAAAGAAGCAAUGACUAAUGAAAUCAGAAUGAUUGAGAAGAAUCAAACCUGGAAUCUAGUUGAAAGGCCAAAAAACAGGAAGAUCAUUGGCUUCAGUCAAAGGUAUGGAUCAGAUUACCUGGAGACCUUUGCACCAGUGGCCAGGCUUGACACCAUAAGACUGCUAGUUGCCUUAGUAGCACAAAAGCAGUGGAUGAUACAUCAACUCGAUGUAAAAUCAGCAUUUCUUAAUGGAUUCCUUGAAGAGGAGAUUUAUGUUGAGCAACCUCAAGGCUUCAAAGUAAAUGGCAAAGAAGAAAUGGUGUACAAGCUUAACAAAGCCUUGUAUGGCUUGAAACAGGCUCCAAGGGCUUGGUACAGUAGAAUAGAUAGUUAUCUGACAAGUCUGGGAUUCGAAAGGAGCCUCAGCGAGCGAACUCUGUAUGUUAAAUCGACCAAUGCUAAAACUCAUCUAAUUGUGUCACUGUAUGUGGAUGACCUGUUGGUGACAGGAGGAGAUCAAGCUAUGUUGGUUAAUUUUAAAACCAAAAUGCAACAAAUUUUUAAGAUGUCAGACUUGGGGUUAAUGUCUUUCUUCUUAGGCAUGGAAGUGACACAAGGAGAAAAAGGGAUUUGCUUAAGUCAAAGAACUUUUGCUAUGAAGAUUCUCAACAAAUUCUCAAUGCAGAAUUGCAAAGCAACCAGCACACCAGUUGCUGUUGGAGAAAAGCUAUCGAGCCAAGACAAGUAUGAAAAGGUUUGUGAAACAACCUAUAGAAGUUUAGUUCGAUGUUUGCUAUAUUUAACUGCCACUAGACCUGACAUAAUGUAUGCUGUGAGCUUACUCUCGAGGUUCAUGCAUUGCUUAAAUGAAAGUCAUUUUAGAGCUGCAAAAAGGGUCCUAAGAUACAUCAAGGGAACUUUGUCCUAUGGAAUGUUGUUUGCCAAAGCAGAAAAUUUGAAGCUUGUUGGUUACUGUGAUAGUGGCUAG